AUGGGGACACGGGCCCUGAGGGGUCUCCUUCUCCUCCUGCUGUUGUCGCCGCGCGGGGCCUCGGCGGGGAGCCUGCACAGUCCAGGCGUGUCCGAGUGCUUCCAAGUGAACGGCGCCGACUACCGCGGCAACCAGAACCGCACUGGCCCGCGUGGGUCCGGCCGCCCGUGCCUCUUCUGGGACCAGACGCAGCAGCACAGCUACAGCAGCGCCAGCGACCCCCAGGGCCGCUGGGGCCUGGGCGCGCACAACUUCUGCCGGAACCCAGACGGUGACGUGCAGCCAUGGUGCUACGUAGCCGAGACGGAGGAGGGCAUCUACUGGCGCUAUUGCGACAUCCCCACGUGUCACAUGCCCGGCUACCUGGGAUGCUUCGUUGACUCGGGGACGCCCCCAGCCCUCAGCGGCCCCAGCGGCACCUCCACGAAGCUCACGGUCCAGGUGUGCCUUCGCUUCUGCCGCAUGAAGGGCUACCAGCUGGCGGGAGUGGAGGCUGGUUACGCCUGCUUCUGUGGCUCUGAAAGCGACCUGGCCCGCGGACGCCCGGCCCCCGCCACCGAAUGUGACCAGAUCUGUUUCGGCCACCCGGGCCAGCUGUGCGGCGGCGAUGGGCGGCUGGGCAUCUACGAAGUGUCCGUGGGUUCUUGCCAGGGCAACUGGACGGCGCCUCAGGGCGUCAUCUACUCCCCGGACUUCCCGGACGAGUAUGGGCCGGACCGGAACUGCAGCUGGGCGCUGGGCCCGCCGGGCGCCCUGCUGGAGCUCACCUUCCCCCGGGUCUUCUCGACAGUGACGGCCGUCUCAGUGCUGCUGCUGCUGCUGCUCCUGUCUCUGCUGCGUCUACUGCGCCGACGGAGCUGUCUGCUGGCUCCGGGUAAAGGGGCCCCGGCGUUGGAGCCUUCCCGGAGCCCCGGGAAAAGCUGGGCCGUGUGGUAUCACCGGCCCCGAGGGGUGGCUCUACCGUGCCCCCCCGGGGACCCCCAGGCUGAGGGUCCUGCGGCGGGCUACCGUCCCCUGAGCGCUUCCAGCCAAAGCUCCUUGCGCUCGCUCAUCUCCGCCCUCUGACUCCGGACAGCCAGUGAGAUGGAUCCCGAGACGCCUUGCCGCACCCUACCUCGGCCUUCUGACCCUUUAAGGGCAGCUCGGCCUCUGCUCAUCUCGGGGAGACCACAAAGCGAAAAGGAAGCAUCUGGUGCUAUUAUCGGGAACUUGGCCUGACCCUUGAGGUCCAGAUGGUCGAAGCCAAAGGGCAAGAGGAACCCAGCCGUCUUUCCCAUGGACCUUGAUGUGGGGGCUGUCUCUGCUUCCAGAAAUCUUUGAGCUCCUCUUGGGGUGAUCCUGGACUGCUGCCUUCAGUGAAAUGUCAGACGUCAGCAAAAGUGAUCAAAAGGCCCGCCACAGACUUUGAAUAAAGGACCUAUUUUGGUA